AUGCCAACCACCAGACGAUCGACUGGCGGCGCCCGCGCUCGUCCAGGACCGACCAAGGGCCAAUCGACCAUCAGCUUCUCCAACCGAGUCACGAAGCCAGUGCCAAAAGAUGUCAAAAACUCCAUAAUCGUGCCGUCGCUGCAAAAAGUCGAUGCGCCGGCCCCGGAGGAACUCGACGUGGACGAUGUAACCGCUGAGCCCGAAGUCGAGGAGCAGCCGUCACAGGAGGAGGACGACGUCGAGGAGGUCGUCGCUGCUGUGCCGGAAAAGACAGACGCCGAGAUCAAGGCGGAAAAGAUGAGCGAUGCGCAGAUUGGAAAAUAUUGGAGGUCGAUCGAGGCGGAGCGCAAAGCGCCCCGCGUGCACCAAGAGGGUCUGUCGCUCAACGAAAAGGUGCUUCGAUACUUUGACGUCAGCUCGCAAUACGGCCCCUGCAUUGGGACUCCUCGCAUGAAGCGCUGGCAGCGUGCUGAGCGCCUGGGUCUGAGCCCGCCGAUCGAGGUCCUCGCCAUCCUCCUCAAGGAAGAGAACAAGGGUAACAACAACAUCGAGACGGCACAAAUCGACAAGAUUCUGAACUCCGUGGUGGUUGCGUAG